CGCUCACGGUGACUCACUCUGCGCAGGUUUCCCAGCGCCCUGGCCUUGCCGACAGCCCCAGACCUUUCACCUUUGACCUCCUCGCGCCUGGAUCUCUGAAUAACUAAUGAGCCCUUUGGCGCUUGUGCAGGCUCUCCACGCACGGAUGCCGCGUGUGCAGUGCGGUGGCAGGACUGUCCUGUCUGUAAUGCUUGAUGAGUGUGUACCUGCAGUCCUGUCACACCCCGCCAAAGCCCGCUGUCAGGUUGAGAAGUCACUGGAGGGGACAUAAUAAAUACGUUCCCAUAGUGAUCUUCAAGGACGAGGGCUUUCCCUGGGUGUGGUCUGGGCUGGAAGGCCCUGGUGUGCUGAUUUGGCGCCUGGGAAGAUAGUGUCUGUCAACCCUGAUGCUAAGGUGGAACGCUUCCCUCUGUUGGAGGGAUUCUGGAGAGGUGUACUGAUCUGCAUCCAGUGCCCAGGGAGUGUGGGAAAUCGGUCAGAAGUGGCCCAUUAUUGUAAGCAGACGCCAGAGCUAAUGUUGCACGCCCGCUGCUGCCUGAAUCGGAAUGGCACCAUCCUGGGGUUGGAUCUCCAGAACUGUUCUCUGAAGCACCUUGGUCCAAACUUUCCUCAAGCACAUACUGCUAUCAUCAUAGACCUGCACGCAAACCCCCUCAAGGAUGACUUGGCCAGCACCUUCCACGGCUUUAUCCAGCUCCAGACUCUGAUACUACCAGAGGAUGUCAACUGUCCUGGAGGUAUUAAUGCCUGGAAUACUGUCACAUUUUACCCAAACAAUCAAACCUGUGAAGGACAAAGGAACCUUUGCAAUAGCACUGGGGACACAGGGCUCGUUCUCGCUGCUUACGUUCUUUGGGAUUUUGGGAUCCACCACAUUUUUCAUCUCCAUCCUUCUUUGGGGAACCCAACGCCGAAAAGCCAAGGCUUCAUGACCUACCUAGAUCUUCCUACUGACCUAAAGGUCAUCCCACUCCAUCUUAGCCCAGCCAGGGCUGGCCAGAGCCUCCUCCAGGAGAAGGCCGAGGUGGCAAGGAAGAUGGAACAUUGCACUGCGCUGGAAUGUCACACUCCAGUCGAGGAGCGGACUAGUCCCAGGUCCCAUUUGUGCUGCUAACGAUAAUAAAUUUUUUUUUAAAGGAAGGUG